AGGAGGGGGAGCAGAGAUGUGCUCCUUCAGGUGAAAACCAGUCUGAGAGGGCACCAUGUGCCUAGCGCUUAGGGAACAUCCACAGAGCCUGAACUGGGAAUACAGAAGUGCCUGGAAACCAGGUGAAAGAUAAAGCUAGAAAUGGAGAAGACGUUUACCCCUCUGGCUUGUCUGCAGCCAUCAGAACACUUGAAAUGUGGACUUAUUAUUCUCAAUCAACCACUGGACAAAAAUCUUUUAGAUGAACUGUGGAACAAAGCUACUAUAAAAGCCUGUGCCGAUGGAGGAGCAAAUCGUUUACAUAGCGUCACAGUUGGUCAAGAAGACAAGUACUUGCCAGACUUCAUAAGUGGAGACUUUGAUUCCAUACAGCCUUUGGUGAAGGAAUUCUACAUGAAAAAGGGAUGUGAAUUGUUAGAAACACUAGACCAAAACUUCACCGAUUUUACAAAGUGCCUUUCAAUUCUGCACGACAAAAUCCAGCAAAAGAAACUUCAGGUCGAUAUCAUUGUGGCAUUGGGUGGACUAGGGGGACGUUUUGACCAGAUUAUGGCUUCAGUAGAGACACUCUAUCAUGCUGUCAAAAUCUCCUGCAUCCCAGUAAUAGUGAUUCAGGAAUCAUCCCUUAUCUAUCUUCUGCAGCCUGGUAAACACAAGUUACACGUGGCAACAGGAAAAGAACGUAAAUGGUGUGGACUUAUCCCUGUGGGAUCACCUUGCAAUUCUGUUACUACAACUGGCCUGAAAUGGAAUCUCACUGCGGGAGUGUUGAAGUUUGGAACUUUGGUCAGCACAUCAAACACUUAUGAUGGCACCGGCAUUGUCACAGUGGAAACUGACAGUCCUCUCAUAUGGACUAUGGGCUGUAAGACAACAAAUGAUGAUUGAAGACAAGUAAUGAACAUCUCACCUGGAGCACAUCUAAGAAUAACACUGUAGGUGAAGAAAGGUCAAAUACUGUAUAUCUGUCAAAGUCCUUGAGAAAAAGAUGAAGCAUAUGGGGCCAACUAUAUCAAAUCCUCUAACUACCUAACCUUUGGACUGGCAUGAAAGCAGCUUGCCGUUACUCUUAAAGUGGUUUUCCAGUUUUCCUCCAGAUAGGCUAUCAAUAUCAGAACAGUGGGAGUCCAACAUCACACACUUCCAUUGAUCAGCUGUUUCGGGCAGCCGCCAGUGCCGGUAACUAUACAGUGGCUCUAUCUUGCAGUUCAGCUCUGAUUCACCCAUGGGAGCAGAACCACAGUACCUCCGGGAUGGCUACUCCACAGUGCUUCCGGCACCAUCCAAUGUAUAGUUUCCAGUGCCAACAGCUGCCCAAAACAGUUAAUGAAUAGGGAUGUGGGGUGUCAGACCCCAACCAAUCUGGCAUUGAUGACCACUCCUGAGGACAGGCCUUUAAUAUCUAAGUACAAGAAAACCCAUUUGAUGGAAUAGGUUCAAAUGGCAGUUUAUGUAUUUUUCGACACAAAAUGACAGUUGUUGGAAAAACUGUAGAAAAGAAAAAAAAAAAAGUAAAGCCGGGGAAAUCAGAGCUACGUCUAUACCAAAGUUACAUUAUACUAAAUGCAUUUUCUUCUAUGUUAAAGGGCUUUCCGGUAUUUUAUAUUGGUGGCCUAGCCUCAGACCAUCAAUAUCAGAUUAGCAGGGGUGCAACACCCGGCACCCCCUGAAAUCAACUGUUCGAGAAUUGUUCCAGAGCCAGAACUACACAGCUCUGUCAAUUGUGUACAGAGAUGUGCCGUUCUGGAGCCAGAGCUACUCCUGAACAUCUUUGGGAUUUUUGUAUCCUUAUAAUGGGUCAUUAUUAUCAGAUUGGCAGGGGUCCUGAGGGUAGGCCAUCAAUAUAGAAUCCUGGAGAACCCCUUUCAUCUUACACUUCUCAUUAUGUUUCCUAUUGACUUGCUUUAUUCAUUCCAAGUAUAAAGUGC